AGAAGAGAAAUAGACCGUCUGACACGUGUACUACAAGAAAGGGAAAGGGAACUAGAGGAGGAGAGAAGAGAAAAGGAACAAGUUAGAAACAGACUACAGCAACAACUUGAAGGAAGAGAACGACAACUUGAACAAGCACAGCAACAAGGACAAGAAAGAGAGAGGCAGGCCAGGGAACGAGAGCAGAAUCUUCAACGACAACUUCGAGAAAGUCAACAACAAUUCCAGAGGGAAAUUGAACAAACACGGCAACAAGGACAAGAAAGAGAGAGGCAAGUUCAGAAUCUUCAACAACAGCUUCAAGAAAGAGAGAGGGAAAUUCAAGAGGGUGGAGAAAGAGAACAGGGUCUUCAACGACAGCUUCAACAAGCUCAGCAGCAGCUUCAGGAAAGUCAAGAAAGAGAGAGAGGCCUAGAGCAGCAACUAAGAGAGAGAGAUAGACAAGAGAGAGAGUCUUCCUGGGUAGUUAGCAGAAAUGAUAUUAGAAUGACAGAAAGGAUUUUAGGGAGAGGAGGAUGGGGAGAGGUCAGAGUAGCUCGUUUCCAUGGACUGGAAGUUGCUGUAAAGGUACUUCACGAGACCAUCAUAUCAGAAUAUAACGUGUCACUGUUCUCUCGUGAAAUGAAUAUUGCUUCUAAAAUACGUCAUCCUAACCUCCUUCAGUUCAUAGGAGCGACUACAGAGGGUAAUCCAAUCAUCCUGACAGAGCUAAUGCCGACCAGCCUAAGAAAGGAAUUGGAGACUGGAGGACUGGCCUAUCCUGCCAUACUGAGCAUCAGUUUAGAUGUAGCCUGUGCUCUCAAUUACCUUCAUCUCUUCAAGCCUCAUCCUAUACUACAUAGAGAUGUCAGCAGUGCUAAUGUACUCCUUCAACCAAUGGGAGGUGGACAUGGAUGGAGGGCUAAAGUAUCUGAUUAUGGAUCAGCUAAUCUUCAGCAUCUUAUAAUUAGGUCAGUCAAUCCUGGUGGCCCACUUUAUGCAGCACCUGAAGCAGGGAAUCCCAGGGAACACUCUCCUUCAAUGGAUGUGUUCAGUUAUGGUGUCCUCCUUCUAGAG